GCUCUGCCCAAGGCAGAUUCUGUGAGCUCCAGUUGGAACUCUGCCGGAACAUGGGAGGAGAAGGACAUGGGUGUGGCUGCCCGAACGGAGCUCGAGAAGAUUUUGGGGGACGAGAACUCCUUCCUCCUCCAGCUGGAUGACAAGAACAAGGUCCAGGCCACGAAGGUGACCGUGACGGGAGAUUCAUCGGCAUAUCACAUUCGUGGAAGGCCGCGGCUUGGCUUCGAGUUCACUGUGAAGCUGUCGUGGAAAGGCUUCUUCGACGGGGAGGAGGUCGUCGGCGAACUAGAAGUGCAGGACCUGGACUCCAGUGAUCUGGAUGGUUUUGAGAUCAGGCCAAAGCCAAAAGCAGGUGAAGCCUCCAAGCGUGCAGCUGCAGCGUUGAAAAGCGGCGCAAGGCCAGCCAUCAAGAAGGCAGCAGAAUUGUUGAGCCAGCGGCUGCUGGUGAGGUGA